AAAAUAUCAAAAACAAAGGGAGGGGUAAACCCUCGAAAACCAGAGAGAGAGAGAGAGAGAGAGAGAGAGAGAGAGAGAGAGAGAAGCCUUUUUUCGGGUUUGGUGAUCGUGGCCUGCUGCCUCGGCAGCUUCUUCCUCCUUUAAAAAAUGCCUCAAUUUUUAAUUCCAACCCUUCCCCUCCUAGUCAAUAAUCCCUAAUUCUUUCUUUCUUUGGCCUACCCUAAAAAUAUAAAGAAAGAAAAGCAAAAACAAAAUAACUACGAUUCGUCUCGUCUCGACUCGAUUCGUUUCGAUGCGAUUCGCCUUCUCACGGCGGCUCUGGUGGUGGUUGACGAUAAGAAUCGACAUCGUUUCAAAUGAAGAGGAAGAAACAACAUCAUCGAUUUCGUUUUGCUAUUAAUGAAUGGGCGGGUUUCAGCUGCAAAAAUUGCAAAUGAGUUGGCAACCGAGUUUGCUUAGUCAAAAACGAAAAAAUGGUCCUCCUUUAGGGUUAAAGAAUCUCGGCAACUCUUGUUAUCUAAAUAGCGUCCUUCAGUGCCUCACUUACACUCCUCCUCUUGCUAAUUUCUGCCUGCGCCUCCAGCACUCCUCUCUCUGUGAUUCCGUUGCUAACGGAGAUAGAAAGAGAGACUGCCCGUUUUGUAUUCUCGAAAAACGGAUAGUCCGUUCACUCAGUUUGGAUCUCACGCUUGACGCGCCAGCUAAGAUUCAAAGCUGUUUGAAGAUUUUUGCUGAGCAUUUUCGCUGUGGACGACAGGAAGAUGCUCACGAAUUUUUGCGGUAUGUGAUUGAUGCGUGCCAUAAUACGUGUUUGCGUUUGAAGAAACUCAGAAGGAAAGGGAUUGAGAACGGUGGUGGUGGUGUGAGUGUGGUUAAGGAGAUAUUUGGAGGCGCAUUGCAAAGUCAAGUGAAGUGCUUGUGUUGUAAUUAUGAGUCGAAUAAAGUUGAUGAUAUUAUGGAUAUCAGUUUAGAUGUUCUGAAUAGUUAUUCGGUAAGAGAUGCAAUGCAAAAGUUUUUUCAGCCAGAGGUUUUGGAUGGGAAUAACAAAUACAAAUGCGAAAAAUGUCAGAAACUAGUGGCAGCUAGGAAGCAAAUGUCAAUACUUCAAGCGCCAAAUGUUCUUGUUAUCCAACUGAAGAGAUUUGAGGGCAUAUUUGGAGCGAAGAUUGAUAAGGCCAUUGCAUUUGAAGAAGUUUUGGUUCUUUCAAGCUUCAUGAGCAAAACAAGCCAGGACCCACAACCCGAGUAUAAUCUUUUUGGUACCAUUGUGCACUCUGGAUACUCCCCGGAAUCUGGACACUAUUAUGCAUAUAUAAAGGAUGCAAUGGGUCGGUGGUAUUGCUGCAAUGAUUCAUAUGUGACACUCUCUACCCUGCAGGAGGUCUUGUCAGAGAAGGUCUAUGUUCUCUUCUUUUCUCGUACUAACCAAAGGCCAGCAUCCUCUGCCUCCUCUUUUGCUUCCUAUGGAGUAAAAUCACGCGAAUCAAAUGGAUGUGUGGAAUUUAAAAGUUCAAAGGGUGCUGUUCCUCUGAAAUCAUUGCCUACAAAACCACAAGUUGAACAAUCUUCAAAAAAGGAUAUUUCAGCCAUGUCUAGGAUUGAUAGAGUGCCUUCAAGCCCACUGGUAAAGUCUAGCAUUUGUGGGAACUCUGGAUCCAAAAGUACCCAUCUAUCCGUUAAUGGAAAAGUUGAUCAUCUGAAGGGUCAAAACAAGGGAAUGAAUGGGAAUGUGAAAGAGACAGUUCAUGUGGAGAAACGUGGCAAAGAUGUGUCAACAGUAACAAGCAGUAAUGGUUUUGAAAAGCAUACAAAUGUUGAUGCUGUAGAAGGUGAAAACUGUCAUGCAUUUGCAGCAGCAAGUGAAAAUGGUCAUUCUCAAAAUGCUGCUUUUAAUUCUGUAAAGCCCCUUGUCUGUGACAGUAAUGGUACAACAAGUAAGGUGACAACAAGAAGAGUACAUGAUAACCUUGAAUUGCAAAAUGGCAGUAUGGAGUGUUGUGCUGACAUUUCAGGUUUGAAGAGAAAGCUAAAGGAGGACACCUCCAUUUUGCUUGCGCAGGAUUCUCAAUCUCUAGCCAAAAUUGAAGAAUUUAAAGAAGCCCUCAAGCAACAAGCAUCUUUGAUUUUGGGAUCAUGCGGUUUUUUUGAUAAGGUUUAUGAUUUUAUGCGUGCGAGAAAGAGGUUGUGUGUUCAUGAAGCAGGAAACAAACGAAGUGGUACUGAAUUAAAGAAGUUGUUGAUUGCAGAUGCCAAGAGAACCUUUAUUUCCCAAAUACCUGAGUCAUUGAAAGAGGACCUUGUCAAACGCCUCCAGUCAUUUAGUCAAGAGAAACGGCAUUUGUCAGCAGUUUUGGGGAACUCAACUGUCUCUUGAUUUUGUAGCUGGAGGAGCUUGGUGUAUAAUCUGUAUCACUAAUUGAUGUAUUGACAUAGAUGCCUGUUCUUGAGAUCAUAGCUGGGUAUCUGUUGUGGCCUGUAUCUUUGAGCAAUUGCUUGCAGUGACAAGAGGUCAUUAUCUUGUCUUUUUUAUUCUUAAUUGCGGCAAUAUGUAUAUACUGGUAGAUGCACCAUUGUUGGUGCUGAGAAAGGCUGGGUUCAAAAUCUUGCCAGAAAUUUUCUUCCUUGAGGCUGUAAAGUUGAUUUUUGGCCGAGAACGAGUCAGAAAUCCUAUAGAUUUUGUACCAUACCUUUUUUGACUAUAUUUUAGCAUAAAAUCCUCAUUUUAUGGGCGCA